CGUUCUCGUGCGUCCCUGCGCUGCCGCCGUUGUUUCAUUCAGCGAUCCUCCAACAUGGCUUCCGACGGACCACCGGGCACCGAAUCCCUCCAGUCCGACUUGGGCAGCGCCAUCGCGGCUCUGAACACAUGGAGCCACCCGGAGCUGCAGGGCCGGCUGGCGGAGCUGGGAGCGCCCAACAUGGGCCCCAGAGAGGAGCUGAUCGACAGACUGAAGGGCUACAUGAUACAGACCGGGAUUCUCCUCAGCAAACACGGCGACGACAAACAAAUGGGCUCCCAGAUGCAGGGAAUCCCUCCCAUGCCCCCGAUGCCCAUGCCCCCGUUGCCCCCCGGUAUGGGCAUGCUCCAGGCCAUGAGCAUGAUGCCCGGCGGGCCGCCUCCACCCGGCAUACGCAUGGGCAUGGAGCCCCCCGGCUUGCCCCCUCCCGGCCUGUCGCAGGAGGACCAGCUGAAGAUGGCUCAGCAGAGAGCAGCCAUGGUGUUGCAGCAGGAGGAGAGGGCCAUGCAGCAGGGAGAUCCCAGAGUAAUGGAUGAACACGAUCUUCUGGAGCAGCAGAAAAGGGCUGCAGUGCUGCUGGAACAAGAGCGGCAGCAGGAAAUGGUGAAGAUGGGACCCAGGUCAAUGCCUCCCAUGAGCACAAUGAGAGGUAUGGAUCCUCGUGGGCCGCUGCCGCCUGGCGUGAGCAUGUUGCCCAUCCAGAAGAUGAGAGUGCCGCCUCCUCCAGGAGAGGACAACAGAGAGGUCUGGCAGAACGAGGAGGUGAGCAUCGGCGGGCCCAAGAUCCCCCAGGCCCUGGAGAAGAUCCUCCAGCUGAAGGAGAUCAGGCAGGAGCAGCUCACCGACCCCACAGGGGAAGGAUACGAUGAGGACGAGGGAGCAGAGAUGGACUUGGCCAACUCCUCUGGUCCGGUCAUGUCAGAGACCGAAGACGACGACGGACAAAUGUCUAAGAAAGAUAAAAACCGCAGACGCAGGAACCGCAAGAAGAAGAGCAAGAAGAAGCGAGCGCUCGAGAAGAAGGAGCAGGUGGAGCAGAAGGAGGAGAAGGAAAAGAAGGAGGAGAAGGAGGGAGGCGACAAAGAGAAUGAGAAAGAGAAGGAAAAGGAGCCAGAAGUGGAGAUCGAGUACGUCACAGAGGAGCCGGAGAUUUUCGACCCCAACUUCAUCUUCUUCAAGAGGAUCUUUGAGGCAUUCAAGCUGACGGACGACGUGAAGAAGGAGAAGGAGAAGGAGCCGGAGAAGACCGAGAAGCAGGAGACGGCCGUGCUGCGCAAAAAGGGAUUUGAGGAGGAGAAGAAGGAUAGCGACGACAGCGACGAUGAAAUAAGACCAGACGUGUCUAAAAUGUCCAAGAAGAAGCUGAGGAGGAUGAACAGACUGACGGUUGCUGAACUCAAACAGCUGGUGGCCCGUCCGGACGUAGUGGAGAUGCACGACGUGACCGCCCAGGAGCCCAAGCUGCUGGUGCACCUCAAGGCCACCAGGAACACCGUGCCGGUGCCCCGCCACUGGUGCUUCAAGAGGAAGUACCUGCAGGGCAAGAGGGGUAUCGAGAAGCCUCCGUUCGAGCUGCCGGAGUUCAUCAAGCGCACAGGGAUCCAGGAGAUGAGGGAGGCGCUGCAGGAGAAGGAGGAUGCCAAAACCAUGAAGACCAAGAUGAGGGAGAAGGUCCGGCCCAAGAUGGGGAAGAUCGACAUCGACUACCAGAAGCUCCACGACGCCUUCUUCAAGUGGCAGAUCAAACCAAAGCUCACCAUCCACGGAGACCUCUACUACGAGGGUAAAGAGUUCGAGACCCGCCUGAAGGAGAAGAAGCCCGGUGAUCUGUCUGACGAGCUACGUAUCGCUCUGGGAAUGCCGGUUGGACCUAAUGCCCACAAGGUGCCUCCCCCCUGGCUGAUAGCCAUGCAGCGGUACGGCCCCCCUCCCUCCUACCCCAACCUCAAGAUUCCCGGACUCAACUCCCCCAUUCCAGAGAAUUGUACGUUCGGGUAUCACGCCGGCGGCUGGGGGAAGCCGCCCGUCGACGAAAUGGGCAAACCUCUUUACGGCGACGUGUUCGGGACCAACGCAGCAGAUUUCCAGGCCAAAGCGGACGAGGAGGAGGUGGACCACACGCCGUGGGGCGAGCUGGAGCCCUCGGACGAGGAGUCGUCGGAGGAAGAGGAGGAGGAGGAGAGCGACGAGGAGAAACCGGACGAGACUGGCUUCUUCACGCCGGCGGACAGCGGACUGAUCACACCCGGAGGCUUCUCGUCGGUGCCCGCCGGCAUGGAGACCCCCGAGCUGAUCGAGCUGAGGAAGAAGAAGAUCGAGGAGGCCAUGGACGGGAACGAGACGCCGCAGCUGUUCGCGGUUCUGCCCGAAAGACGAACCGGCCCCGUGGGCGCCGCCAUGAUGGGCUCGACACACAUCUACGACAUGUCGGGGGCCAUGGCGGGUCGCAAGGCGGGCGGCGGGCAGGAGUCGCAGGGCGUGGAGGUGGCGCUCGCCCCGGAGGAGCUGGAGCUGGACCCAAUGGCCAUGACCCAGAAGUACGAGGAGCACGUGAGGGAGCAGCAGGCGCAGGUGGAGAAGGAGGACUUCAGCGACAUGGUGGCAGAGCAUGCUGCCAAACAGAAGCAAAAGAAGAGGAAGGCCCAGCCACAGGAUACGCGAGGCGGCGCCAAGAAAUACAAAGAGUUCAAGUUCUAGUGCCGAGCGACGAGAAUUGGCCACAACAGGAAGUGAAAGAGGAAGACGCGCUCUCAGAUUUUAACUCCGGAGGACUGCGACGCCGGUCACCCGUCAUACCAGUGACAGUAAACAUACAUGUUCUGUUCCUUUUUUUUUUUUUUAAAUAGACAACGAUGCUUUCACGACAUGUAACACGGUCACACGUCUUUUCUCUGUUGUGGUUAUAUUUUCACUGUUUUGUUUUUUUCUUCCCCUGUUUUUUUUGUAAAUAAAUGAAGUGAUGACAAGA